CACUGUAUCCAACAGUAUCCCAGCAUCUCGCAGUGCGCAUGAGCGGCAGCCAAGCUCUCUGCAUCAAGCUGCCUGGAGUGUAGAAUUGCAGCUCUCUGUCUCUAUGCCUGCUGCCGGUUAAUCUGCCAUGACUACAGCAAGAUAUAGAGCUACGUGGGAAUUGGCAUUAGACCCACUAGUUUCCUGCAAACUUUGCCUCGGAGAAUUCCCAGUCGAACAGAUGACCACCAUAUCACAAUGCCAGUGCAUUUUCUGUACUCUGUGUUUGAAACAAUAUGUUGAGCUUCUAAUUAAGGAAGGCUUGGAAACCGCUAUUAGUUGCCCUGACGCUGGCUGUCCUAAAAGAGGCCAUUUGCAGGAGAAUGAGAUUGAGUGCAUGGUUGCAUCGGAUAUAAUGCAGAGAUAUAAAAAGUUGCAAUUUGAAAGAGAAGUACUUCUAGAUCCAUGUAGAACAUGGUGCCCGUCAUCAUCUUGCCAAGCUGUCUGCAAGAUACAAGAGAAAGGACCCCAAAAUCCACAGCUGGUACAGUGCUCAUCCUGUGACACUGAGUUCUGCUCAGCAUGCAAUUCCAACUGGCACCCAGGACAAGGGUGCCAAGAAAAUGUACCAAUUACUUUUCUCCCCGGGGAAUCCAGCUCUGUUUAUAAAGCUGUUGACAAUGAUGUACCGAUUAAACGCUGCCCAAAGUGUAAGGUGUAUAUAGAACGCGACGAAGGUUGUGCACAGAUGAUGUGCAAGAAUUGCAAGCAUGCCUUCUGCUGGUACUGUCUGGAAUCUCUCGAUGAUGACUUUCUGCUUAUACACUAUGAUAAAGGACCAUGCCGAAAUAAACUGGGCCAUUCCAGAGCAUCAGUUAUAUGGCACAGAACACAGGUUGUAGGUAUAUUUGCAGGAUUCGGCCUAUUGCUUUUGGUGGCAUCGCCAUUUCUUUUACUGGCAACCCCGUUUGUUUUGUGUUGCAAAUGUAAAUGCAGUAAGGGAGAUGAUGACCCUUUACCAACUUAAUUCUAAAUCAGAUAAUUUUACGAGUUACAGCACCUUUCAUAAAUACUGCUGAUGGCUAUGCUAUAUACUGUAUCAUAGCCCUGCUAGCCUCACCCAGCUUUCAGAGACAUACACAGUGACAUUUUUUGUAAAACACAUUGUUUGUGUAGUGGCUGAUAUCCUUCUGGGAUCGCUGUGAAUACGUUCAACAGAAGUCUUUGAGGGGUUAACAAACUCAAAACCUUGAAGAAAGCUGAAGGCGAAGUUGUAAAAAAAAAAAAAAAAAGACUUAUUUUAAGAAAUACAUUGUGACAUUUUCUAAAACUGUUUACUAUUGAUU